AGCUCUUUCACACUAUGAAUGUGAAUCACAGGUUGGCUCUCCAAAGGCAUAGUGAGUUUUGGUUUGAAGAUGGAAAUAUUGUCUUUCGUGCUGGCAAUACCUUAUUUUGUGUACAUCAUGGUGUACUUGUUCGCCACUCUCCAGCUUUGGAAGGAAUUUUGGCUAUCCCAUCAGGUUAUGAUACCGAUGGUACAGAGCAACUUCCAAUUGUCCUGCAGCAGAUCUCUGAGCAGGAAUUCACACAUUUUCUCAACUGGGUGUACCACAUCAGUUCAGUCCCUCCUCCACCUGAGGAGCAAUUCCCAGUUGCUAUCCUCAAGAUUUCGCACCUAUGGAUGAUAAGCAACAGCAUCAAGUUUGCUAUCGAUGGACUGGAAAACCUCACUCUGCACUCUACCCAACGACUAGAGCUUGCUCGGUUAUAUUCCAUACCCCAGUGGAUCGCCCCAGCAAUUCGAGAGAUCAUGACAUCAUCACUCACGAAUACUACCGAUAAUGAGGCUACACAGAUGGGGUUUAAAGUGUAUACAAUUAUUGCCCGGGCAAAAGAGGUGAUGGAGCAUGAAUGCAGGGCAUUGGCCGCUUACCCACCCUCGCUUCUUGUUUCACCAUCCUUCAGCUGCUCAGCUCACUCACAUAGCCAGUGUAAGGAGGCAUGGUUGGGAUUCUGGUGGAAGAAAGUGGCUCGUGCAAUUUUCCAUCCAAUAAACCCACUUCCACUGACACAGACUCUCCAACUCAUCCUUGAGGCUCCAUUGCCUAAUGGCAUAAAUGCUGCAUGCAGGCAAGCUAUGGUUGAUGCAAUGAUAGAGUUAGAUGGACUUGAGGUUGAGGAGAGGAUUAUUGAGGGGGUUAUACAGGCAGUCACUUUGUAUUUCAGCUCUCUCUAA